AUGGUAAAAGGCAGGGAGUUGAGGAUGCUUUCGACGACUGGCCGAUCGUUGCUAUGUCUGGUGACGUUGGAUCGAGACAUUCGCCACAUCUCUAUCCAGCUGGCAGGGAAGACUGAUGCUAAGCAGCGCUUCGUCAACCUGAAAAGUAUUGAGCAGAUCUACGUCGGGGAGGAUGUUGCUGAUGAUAUCGAGUUGCCGGUCACAAGCUUUUCUGUGACCUUGGUCCUGGAGGAGGGACAAGCCAUUGCGUUUGAACUCAAUGAUGAGGAAGAGCGAGACACAUUUGCGAUGUGCAUGCAAAUGUUUGUGGACGGCAACCGAAAAGAUGCUGAAAGGAGGAAAGCAAAGACUUGA